AGAGGAAGGAGGAGAGGAGAGCCCAGACUGCUGCAGACCAACACACCGGUAGCAGCCUGAUUCUCUCUGCUGCAAAGGACUUUUGGGCAUCAUGCUGAGGAAGAGCUCGGAGCCGCUGAAAGGCGACAGAGAGGUGCUGCUGGACCUGGACAACUGCAGUGAAGCACAACCCUCAGACAACUACGGCAGUCUGCACAACGGGGCUUACAUCCCACCGCGAUUUUUUUCAGCUGCAAAUGAGGACGCUGAUGAUCCCGUUUAUGUCCACUGCGACCCGAGAGGCAACCAGACGGCUCCGCAGGCCGGGAACUACUUCAGAGAUGGGAGAACUAAAAUCGACUUUGUGCUGGUGUGGGAGAUCCGCGCCAGGAGGAAGCGGCGAGGGAAGGGCAGAGCCGAGGUGACCGGUGGGGAGGGGGACGCUGUUCCCCCGGGGGAGAGCAGCAGGUCUGAACGGAGGAAAGCACAACUGGCACAGUGGAGGGACAAGUUCGUUCAAAACCUGGAGAUGGCUGGGCUGCUCAUGGAGAAGGAGGAAAAAGCAAAUGAGAAGAAAACCAUUCAUUUUCUAAAAAUAAGCGCUCCCUGGGACGUGUUGGUCUAUUAUGCUGAGGAGCUUUGCCUUAGAGCUCCACUGCAGGCACAACAACAUCUGGACUUAAACACAUCUGCCCUGGUGAUGAAAAGACUAUGCAUACCCAACGUGAUGAGGGAGUCGGUGCCAAACAGGCCGCUGGACUAUUACACAUGUGCCUUCCGCAAAUCAAAGAUGAACAGAUUCCUCGGAUAUGAAAACCAGGAGAAUUAUUUCAGUAACACUCAGAGACACCGUGUUUUGUACGAGAUCCUAGCAAGGACCGUGUACGGCAAAAGGAAGAGGGCUGAGGUUGGUGUGGACAGACUGGUGAAUGAAGGCGCGUACACGGCAGCGUUCCCCCUUCAUGAGGGGCCUUUCCAGCUCCCGGAUCACGAGAUCCGCCCUGACGAUCUGAACCAGAGGCAGGUUCUUUACUACUACUGGGCCCGCUGGUGGAAAUGGUACAAGUAUCAGCCGCUUGACCAUAUCAGAGAGUACUACGGAGAGAAGAUUGCACUCUACUUUGCAUGGCUGGGUUUCUACACUGCCUGGCUGCUGCCGGCAGCUCUGGUCGGAACCCUGAUCUUCAUUUCUGGAGUCAUGUCCAUGAGCACCAACACGCCAGCGGAGGAAAUCUGCGGCAGCGGCGCUAAUUACCUGAUGUGUCCACUCUGUAAAACGUGUACGGCCUGGAACAUGUCGGACAUCUGCACCAUGGCGAAGUUGGGCUACCUGUUCGACCACCCGGGCACCGUGUUCUUCAGCGUGUUCAUGUCCUUCUGGGCCGUGACCUUCCUGGAGUACUGGAAGCGGAAGAUGGCGACCCUGGCUCACCACUGGGACUGCAUGGACUUUCAUGAGGAGGAGGAGCGUCCUCGGCCAGAGUUUGCAGCCAUGGCCCCCACCAUGGAGCAGAACCCAGUGACGGGGGUCAAAGAGCCCUACUUCCCAGAAACUACCAGGCUGUCGCGCAUGUUCACCGGCUCCAUGGUCAUCGUCCUCAUGCUGUGCGUGGUGAUAAUCUUCCUGGUGACGGUGGUCAUGUGCCGCGGUAUCAUCAGUGUGAUGAUGUACCACACAGGGAGCCCUGUGCUGCGGACGGAGGCGGCGACCAUAGCCAACAUCUCCAGCAGCGUUGUGAAUCUGGGCCUCAUCCUGUUGAUGGGGCAGGUCUACACGGCGUUAGCUGAGCAGCUCACCAAGUGGGAGAUGCACAGAACACAGACCCAGUAUGACAACGCUUUCACCUUCAAGGUGUUCAUCUUCCAGUUCGUCAACUUCUACUCGUCUCCAUUCUACGUGGCUUUCUUUAAAGGAAGGUUUGUGGGGUACCCCACUAACUACGGAACGUUGUUCGGGAUGAGGAAUGAAGAUUGCGGUCCUGGAGGCUGCCUCAUCGAACUGGCUGAACAACUCUUCAUCAUUAUGGUGGGGAAGCAGCUCAUCAACAACAUCCAGGAGUUCAUCCUCCCUAAAGUGAAGGCCUGGCGCCAGAGGAAAACCUUGGCCAAGGUUCUGGGGAGCGACGGCUCCAACGAGCCCAAGCGCUGGGAGGAGGACUACCAGCUGGUGGAGUGCGCCGGCCUGUUUGAAGAGUAUCUGGAGAUGGUGCUCCAGUUUGGGUUCAUCACCAUUUUCGUGGCGGCGUUCCCUCUCGCUCCACUCUUCGCACUGCUCAACAACUGGGUGGAGAUCCGUCUGGACGCCCACAAGUUCGUGUGCGAGUAUCGCCGGCCGGUGGCCGAGCGCGCCCAAAACAUCGGAGUGUGGUUCAACAUCCUGGAGGCCUUGUCCCACCUGUCCGUCAUCGCUAAUGCGUUCCUCAUAGCCUUCACGUCUGACUUUCUACCUCGCCUGCUCUACCAGUACAGGUUUGAUAAUGAUCUCCAAGGUUACGUCAACUUCACUUUGGCGUACGCUCCGUUGAAUUACACUGAGUAUCCCAUGUGCAGAUACAAAGCCUUCAGAGACAACGAUGGAAACUACACUCUCUUCUACUGGGAACUCCUUGCUGUCCGACUUGGUUUCAUCAUUGCGUUUGAGCAUGUUGUGUUCUUCGUGCUGCGAGCCAUCGACUGGAUCGUUCCUGACGUCCCCGGGUCCUUGGAGCUGAAGAUCAAGAGGGAGCGCUACCUGGCCAAGCAAGCCCUGGCUGAAAACCAGGAGGCCCUGCUGGUGAGUCGAGGCCCAGGGGCCGCCCUUGCCGCUCCAGGCACCUCCAGCCCAGGAAGCGACGCGUCCUUUGGAGUCCUGAAUUAGGACGAAUGCACGUGAUGCUGCACAGACAUGAUGAUCGGGUCUGAAACAGCCUCGUCGCGUGGAGACGAUAUCGUCCAUUUUCAACGGGCCGAGCAUCCCGGGAGUCUGACGAGUCUCUGCUGGAUCGAGGAUAUUAAUUCAUCAAGUGUAUAUGUGUCAAUAAUGAAGAAGAUCAGAAUCACUAAAUCUGCAUUUAGAUAAUUGUCUAACGUUGGAGCUUGUGCUGUAAACUUCUUCAGAGUCUCGACCCGUGUGCAGGUCCAAUCAGAAUGUCCCACCUGCCUCGGGUUUAUUUAUGUGAUGUUAAGUUGUAGCCUGGGCCGAACUAAAGCUGCAACGCAGGAGGAAGUUUGUUAAGGCUGACUAGGGAUGGGCGAUAUUUUACCGUACACGAUAUACCGUCAAAAAAAUUCCCCACGGUAAGAAUUUGUCAUCUCGCGGUAAAAACGAUAAAUUCCCGUUGAUGACGUUUUUGUGUAAAGCUGAUUUAUGGUUCUGCGUUAAAUCCACGCACAACGUACGUGAAGGAAGGAAGGAAGGAAGGAAGGAAGGAAGGAAGGAAGGAAGGAAGGAAGGAAGGAAGGAAGGAAGGAAGGAAGGAAGGAAGGAAGGAAGGAAGGAAGGAAGGAAGGAA